AUGGGCUUUUACUGCAUUAAGAUGACGUUGUCGUUACUUUUUCUCCUUCUCUCCGCAAUUUUUCCUCAUUUAGCAAUCACUGAAACAAACGUUAGGAAAGAUGAAAGUUGUACUGUUAGCCACGCGACACCCGUGUUAGCGGCUCUCGAAAAAGCAGUGUUAUUUUACAAAGAAAAUGGCGAAGAUUUAAACUUAGACGCAUAUUUUGGUCUUCGUAUCGCUGAAGGUAAGAACAGAGUGUUCCAUAAGCGAACAAUUAACUUAAUUACAAGUGAUUUUUCCUCAGUUUUUGAAAGGUUUCUUAAAUUGAAACGAAAGGCCCAUAUUGCCACUUUGUUUCGGCUUUAGGUUAAACGAAACGUAAUUUUUUACCGUGAUAGGCGCUAAAAUCGCCAAUAAUUCUAAUAUUUCCUAACCUCUCGAACAUAAUCGACACAUUUUCUUGUUCAGGUAUUUUACAUGAGUUAAUCCGACCAAAGAAAACUGCUACAGCGUUGAUAAAGUCUUGCAUCCUCAAGCAAGUCGUUCAACUUCAGCAUUUAGUCUCUCAAAUUGUUUCAAAAUCGAUGGCUUCACUGAGGCGCAGAGAUAGGCAUUACUUCAAAAUGGUUGGAUACACAGUGUCACAGCCCUGGCUAACAAUAAAAAAGUAUAAGAAAAUAAACCCUAAACUCGUAACACCGUUCGACAAUAAGAAACUUUCAGAUGACAUUCUGCAUGAGUAUCAGCCCUGCCUGGCCAGGUUACUUGGCAGUGCCUUAUAUGGGAGUAGGCCGUGUGACAUGCCUAAGGAAUGCUUGGAAGUGAUGAUGCGACCGGGAGAGGUUGGAUACGUGCUGACACAUCAAGCACUUUAUUUCAUGUUUGGUGAGCAAAGAGGUUAGUAACCGUCUUUGCCGUGAGAGACAGUAUCGGUAACUGAGCAAACAUAUUGGCAAUAUAAGUGGCUAUCACUUUAGUUUAGAAGGCGGAUCAGUUGACAAUUUACAGCCAGUCUGAUUGACCCCCUGACUGAUUUAAUUCCUAUGUGAGUGACAGACGAACUGACUGACUCACUGAUUUUAUAACAAACGGACCGACUCAAUUAAUGAAUGAUUCACUGAUUCACUGACUGCUAGGUAACUGAUUAAUUGACUGACCCACUGAUUGACCGACUGACUAAUUGACUGACAAACAAACAGACUGAAUGACUAAUUGACCGACUAACAGACUGACUAACUGACUGACUGAUCAACUGAACGACUGUCUCUGAUGAGUCAAUUGAAAGAUUUGAACACGUGAUUGAUUUGCUUAUUUCGCUGAAGUCCGGACCUGACCAGCUGAUUUAUCAAUUGUUUAGUUGCUAAGUUACUUAAUGCUUUAGUUGAAUUAUUUCAAAAGAUUAGCCGUUUAUCAAUUCAUUAACUAAUCAGCUGAUAACAAGAUGUAUUGGGUUGAUAAAUUGAUUGAUAAUUCUAUCGAUGUAUUCUCUCCUCAGGAUGCCUGUAUAAGUUCUCAAGAAAGAUGAAGGAGUUCAGAAGCUCUGUGGAAAAAGUAUACGACAAGAUUUGCUCCAAUAUUUACACUCAGCUGUUAUUGGUCGAACAAGUUCGUCCUUUCAAGCGGAUCGACGCUGAUUUAAUGAUGGAACAAAGUGUUGUGUGUGGCCUGCUUGGAUACUUUGAGUUCUUAACCCCUCAUCGGUUGGCGAUUAUUAAAAGCUGGCAGCGACCGAAUGGUUGUUAUGGAGAAAUCGAAAAUGAGGAGGAAUUAAAUAGAAAACAGGGCUGGAAGACAAUGAGGAAAUUGCUUGUGGGGAAAGAAUUGUCUGGUACGUUUUGAGCGCAAUCAAUAAAAAUAAAGCCCCGUUUAAACAUUCGUGAUAGAUGAAGAUGGUUGAUGAUAGAUUCAGCCAUCAUUCACCAUCAUUGACAAUCACGUUUGCGUUCAAACAGCUCAUGACAGUUGAUAAUAAUUGACAGAAUCACGAGGUGAGAUCGUGAGAUUAUGAGUAAACAUAUUCUCCAUACUAUUCUCUAUACAUUUCCUCGGGUACUGAUAAGGAGAAUUUAUCUAACAAUCUCGAGUGAUCAUUUCCUAUAAUUACUGACCCUCAUAAAAUCCUAUUGUUCUCUCUCAGCAUUAUAUCGGCGAUUUCAGCCUGAGAAAAUAUGAAGAUAUGAAGGGGCGACUGAAAUCGUCGAUGUAAUGCAGAGAGAGAACAAUAGGAUUUUAUGAGGGUCAAUAAUUAUAAUAGUUAAUUACUGAGGUUCGCAGCAUUAUACCCAAUAAUGCUGCGAACCUCAGUAAUUAUCUAUUAAAUAUUCUCGCGACCUUGAUGUUUGACUCAGGGGUGAUAUUGUAAAGAGAAGUUGGAUGCUUGUCAAUCCAGCUGGGGCCAAAGAGUUAAUCAAGAAAAUUUAGUGUUGUAUCAAUGCAGUAACUCUGGCUGAUAAGUUCGUCUAUUCUCACUGCCUGUUUGCCAGGUAUUUUAUAUAAAUUGUGAGGUGAAAUUAAGUUAAUCGUUACAGUGUGGAUUCUUUCAAUUCGCAGAUGGAUGCGAGUCACACAUCACUGGAGUUGGCACAGCCCUAUUGUCAAUUUACCUUCGUUUCUUAAUUGAUAACGAGCAGCUGAUGGUAAAUUCAACCAAAGCUGGCGAAUUCUAAGAUCUAAAGUCAUUGAUAAAAGGCUUUAUCGUUUCUCCUCUUUGACCCUCCUUCAGCUCGGGGGAGGUAUACGGGCUCAUUUCCUGAACAACGGAUAGUUAUCUCGACUCCACCUCGUCACCCACAUCACAAUGUCGGGUUUUCAUUAUUUAGUUUUAUUAAUAAAAUUCAGCAUUGGCUGGGAAGUGUGGAGGGGAGAUAGAGGCGCUUGUUUAGCUUAAAAAAAGUGAUUGAUAAUAAAUAAAAGAAAGCAGUCCCAUACUUUCAAUGUCUGAAGCAUUGAAUGACCCAAGCCAUCAAAUUAUCGAGCCGUCUAGUGCUCUCUUUCAAGCGAUUUAGGUAUUAUUAGAACGAUUUUUGUGGUAAACUGUAGUCUUCAGCAACCGUUAGGGUUUCAAAGAUACGUUUUGAGCAAUUUUUCUACUCCAUUACGUAAAUGUCUCAGAGCUUAUUAAUCGUUUAAUGAAUAUAACGGAUUAUAACCGACCAUUAAUUUACGCGCGACUCUAAGCAAAAUCACAGGACAGUUAUCAUUCAAUUCAUAACCCAUUUACGUUGAUAUUUGUCCUCCGAGAAAUAAAGCCAGCAAAUAGAGGCCAGCUCAUGAGUUUCACUUCUCAUCUUUAUCAUUUAGCAUGGAAAAAAAGGCGAACUCGUUUUGUAUUGUCCUUUGGUUGAGAAAGCUGAUCUCAAAUGCUUCUCGGGAAAUCACAAAAAAUCAAACAAAAUUUCGCUGUCAACGCGCGAUAGGAGAAUUAAUGGGAGGAUUAUAAAAUGAGUAAGUCCCCUUCUGGCUUGCUUGCUUGCUUGUAGCAUUAAAUGUGAUGAUCAAUCAUAAAAUCGGUAAGUACUGGAUUGAAGCUAUGGAUUUAAUAGAUUCUUCUUGGCAAGCUAUACUAAGUUGAUGUGAAAUCUACCCCGUGCGUUCAGAAGAAAACCAGGUACAGUUCUGCCUUCUGAAGUUUAUGCAACUCUAAUCUACAUUCUAGUUGUCAACUCUGCCCCAUUUCCCUUCACAAUUGUACUUAAUCUGCCGGUUAUGGUGGCCGUGAAAACUAAACCACAGUUGAGGACGAAGUAUGACGUCAUGAUUCCAUGUUGAGCGGUCACAGAUUUUUUUGGUGGUAGCUAUCACGCAGCCCUUGGUCAACGUUGACCUAGUAUAGAUAGAUAUUCUUCAUAGAGAGGCAUCAAUGUUUGCAUGUUAUAGUCAAUGAGUUUUUGUGAGCGGACUUAGGAUUUUCGGUGCAGCAUCUGUCUUUCACUUAGGUUUCAUUUUGGAUUUUCUUCGAACGUUUAAUGGCCAUUUUUUACCUGUACACUCUUAGGGCCUCGAUCACUGAAUGACGUCUAUUGGCUGCCUAAAUUCUUGCAUGGGCCAUAAGUUUGCUCUUCGUAAUUCAUCCUCUCUUUGAUAAAACUUAGGUUCUUACAGUAAACAUGUUCAUUUUUGGCUGGCGCUGGCGAUCAUUGUCAUUGGUUAGUUUGUACUUUACAGGGAAGCUCGCAGACACGAGAAGGUAAUCAGUGCCUAGCGAGUUUCACAAGAAGUGAAACGAAGAUUCCUUAGAGAGCAAAAAGCCUCGAAAGUGACUAAGUUGGUUUUUAUAUCCGUAUUAGUCUUUCAUACACGAGCAACUCUUAUCUAUUAGUUAAAUAAACCUCCAACAUUUCUCCGACUGUUGCCGCUGUUUUUUACUCUAUUGGAGGGUUUAUCCUAAUCCUAAACUCUUCGGUCAAUCCAUUUAUUUAUGCCACUAUAAAAAGACAAUUUCGAGUGGCCUUCUUUAAAAUUAUCAUGAACAAGACUCAAAGACAAGUGAAACAGAUCGAGAGCCGAGUUUUUGGAUCAGCAAACACGGUGGGUGUUCUCCAUCAAAUAGAAGAACGAGGAAGAAACCAGCGAGAUUUGAGCAACACCCUUCAGAGCGACCCUGACCAACUGAUCCAUUAAACCAGAGAAAACCCCGAUUCUCUUGGAAUGAAGUUACUUGGAGUAUUUUAUGGAGAGAAGCACGGAGAGAAGUCUGGGGCCCGAGCUCCUUGAUCAGGAGUUCAAUGAGCAAAACUGAUUGGACCUUCGCCUCUAAUUGGAAGCCUCUUGAUCAAACAAUAGACAUUACUGACAGUUGUUUCCUUCUUAGCGAUAAGAUGAAAUUUAAUGGUUAAAAGCGUAUGAUGUGUUUAGUUGAAUAAAAAAGGAUGAAGGUUCUUUGAAUUUGAAAUCUAACCUCUUAAGUAUCUUGAUUAUUGAUUUUUUCCCGCAAAGUAAGGCAUUUAAAAAUCCAUGAAAGCAUGUUCCAUGCACACCAUAGCUCGCACAGAGAUUAUUCACUAGACGCAGUUAAAUUCUCUAAACGCUAAACAUGAACUACUUCUGGUUUUUUUCAGAAUAAACCAACCAAGAAUUUUUUUUUAUUAUUUUGUUGGCUUUAGGCUUUCCACGUCUGCAAUUUAGAGCAGUAUUUCAUAUGUGCUCUAGAUUUUAUAUUAUUCUCCAGCAGUUUUUGUUAAAAUCGAAUGCACGUGCAUCCUUUCAACUUCGUUAAUGUGCUCAUUCUGAAUUGAUAGUACGUAUUUUUUGUUAAGCUCCUCUUUGAUAAAGAAAUUUCUUCCUUCGUGGUGACAAGAUCAAUCUAGAUGAUAAAAGACCCAUUCAAAUGUUAAUUACUAGUUGGUGAAGGAUCGCUUACUUAUGGUAGAGGAUCUCUUUAGACGAAUUUGCGCGACAUCUCUGGCCGACGUGAUUUCUCCCUAACAACUUGUUGUUUUUAUUAUCUAACCAGAACACGGAGCUAGGCUGUAUCAGACAAAUUGGAACAAUUUCAACAACGAAGAGAGUCAAAGUUAGGGAAAUUUGCUCCCUGUCCCUAUAAACAUACGCUGAAUUCAGUUCUGGUGUCAAGCGAUGGAUUUUGUCAAAGCGAAUAACACUCAUAAUUCACUUCAAAAGAUACAUGUAUAUAUUUUAGGAGCUCACCCAGGAAUAUCUUCAUUGUGUUUCUAUCAAACCAGUGCUUGAAUUUCCGGAGAGUAAUUAACACACAUUUGGUCGACGCAUCUGGCUUUCACAGUGUGAAUGCAGAUUGGCGAUUUCAAAAGGUUAAAACUAAAUAAGUUACAUUUGUUUGUUUAAAGGUUGGUCUCAGUAUGCAUUUGAUACAACAAACAUCUUUUAUACACCCACCUUAAUUGGUUCCCUUUGUUCAAUUCUUACUUUAAUUUGCAUUAUUGCUGGCGAAUUGUCAUGAGCAAAAGUUUGUCGAUGACUACUUUUCAAAAGACUUGAUGAAGACCAAAUAAUUUUUUCAAGAGGUACUCCCAAGAAGGUUUUUUUUUGUAUAAAAGCUAUGAAUAAAGCUGAGAACCCUUGGAAUAACAAUUUCUCUUGGUCAGAAGUAAAUUGAAACUUCAAUAAUAGCAAACAGUAUCUAACAAUUCUACCUGAUUAGUGAUACAAAUUAGACAAAAGCAAUAUACGCUUCGUGUGAAUAGCGUUAUUCUGAUAUUCUGUUUGUUAAUUAUUUAAUAACUCGCAACCUAUUUUAGUUGACUGAUUUCGUUUACUUAAUUAAAGCUGAAUGGUAAUAGAAAGUCCAUCGUAUCUAACAAAACUGCAAACAAGAUAAAUUCUUCACAAGGCAAACUUUGUCUAACAGGCACCAAAUUGAUCAACGUCUGUUUAAAAUAAUGAAAAAUAUAUGAACAGCAGGCUAUUUUCAUUUGGGAAAAAAAAACAGCCCAGGGGAUCCCCAUGCAUUGUAUAGUUUUACGAUUGAUUUUCAAUUGGCAUCACUCCUGGUGAAGUUAGAGUUAGGGGACUGAAUCUACCAUCUGGAUAUCUCUUGAUUUCUUGCAAAGCAUCGCAGCAUGAAUACUUACGUUUCACAUGUAAAUUAUUGAGGAGAUUGUUCUAGGGAUUUUUACCUUGAAAAGGAGAAAUUUCAGGUAAACCGAAUGGAGGCGUGUUAACAACAAAUGAUGUGAAGUCGCGAUGUUUCCGAAACUGCUGAAAAAAAUUUCGCCAUUCAGUUCUAUAGUAAGUAGACCUUUUUAUUGUGCUGAAAUUCAUUAUUGGACAAUAGGAAAUUUCAGUUAUGGAUUACCCCGGGCAAUUCUUUUUCGACUUAGAUUGAUUUCAUAUCAACGAACAGCAAUAAUAGGUCAAAUAAAUGCUUUAACAUUGCAUAUUAGGGUAUUUGAAAGGAACCGAACUUAGAUCAAAUCGUACUUAUAAUAUCCUAUAAUAUCCUUUCUAAGCCACUGAAAGAUGAAAACCUUUACCACAGUCGUUAUCUUUGAGUAUAAAUGAGUACAAUGCAGUUGAUUAUGAGAUACAAUUUUAAUCUCGGUUACCAAAAGUCAUUUGCAAGGCAAAGAUUCAAAUUUUCUCAUCACAAACUAGGAGUGAUAUUGCAUACUUCAACCUUUCUGAGUUUUUCGUAUUUAUUCGAUAUUUAAUCAAUAUUUCUUGGAUAAUUUGUAACAGCAUAAAAAAUGAAAAUGAAAUGUAGGAAAACUACCCAUCGUUUAAGCUCGGAGCAGCCUUAAAAAGGGACCAGGGUAAAAUUUUCCACAAAGUGGAGAAGAAGUCGUCGUUAGAGUCAAGAAACGGAAUUUUUUGACAGUGGAAUGUUACUGGUAUGGCUUAUUCAAAUCGACUCGUCAGAUUUUUCGUAAUUUUUAUUUGCUGUAAGGCUUUCGCAAUAGCAUAAGUCAAUAUCCCGUCUUUGAUAACAUCUAUGGGGAGGUUUCUCAACUAACCCAAUCAAUCAGCAUUUAAAGGUUAGUCGUUGCAGGAAUUUUUAGCUGUACGUAACCUGUUAUCCAUAGUCGCAUUCAAAACUAGAUGCAAUCCAUAUAUCUGCAAGUUAGACUUGAAAAGAAUUCCUCACUGAUGAUAACUUCAGCUCAGGUUACCUAAACGUCAGUUGCUAUCUCUGACAACAGACCUUCUCAGGCCUACCCUCAACCGGACGAUCAGACUACAUGAUCAACUGUUGACCUUAGACCGGGUUGUUCAAAGCUGGGUCAAGAUAACCCAGAGUCAGUGUGAAUCCUGAUUUCUGAUCUGUAGCUUUAAAAGAAACUUUAGUAUAACCCUUUUUCCCACAAUUUCAUGAUUGGAUGCUCCCGAAAGAGGCUUGACAAUAAAGGAACCCGGAAUAAAAUAUAACUCUGGGUUGGUGAUAAUCGGCCUUUGAACAGUAAGGCCCAGAAAACCAUUUACUCUAAAAGAAACCCAUUGCUCGGUGAUAAAUUCUUACUAAUAAAUUUCAAUCCAUGUGAAUUAUUUGUGACAGAUUCUCCUGUAUUUGCUGACGGCAUUUUUACUCCAUCAUGGCGGUGUUAGCAUUAUAAUUGGGCUAGAUGGUAAGGAGGAUUUAAUUUCGCUAGUCAUAAUAACAUUACAUAGAAAGCUGUUUGAGUGUUACCAAUCGAAACCAACGCGAACACAACUACCGAUCAGAAAAAAAAGCGAGAUAUCCCAAGGAUCUAACGAAAAUCCAAGAAUGAUUGGAAUAACUGUUGUUGCCUGGCUUCGAAUUGAUCAAGAAUUUGAUUGGCUGCCGAGGUGGUUGAACUUUUCUAGAUCCAUCACAAAGCGUAGUAAAGAGAAAAUACAACUGAUGCACGUUGUGAUGCUGAUGUCAACUCCUUGUUUCAUCGGUGGAAAGAUUUAUACGCCCAACGUCAGAUUUAGAAUCCUAUAUAGUGUGUAGUUCCGUGCUAGGUUGUUUUCGAUGAUUUUGGUGAGAGAUCAUCGCUUUUUCGCUGCCAUUUUAUCACAAAUGGAUUUAGUUAGAGUUGAUAGAAACGUACGUUUUUGUGAUUAACCAUGAAAUAUGUAAUAAAAUCUACCGAUAAACCUCCCACCUUACAUAAGGCUUAUUGUGAAAUUGACAUCGCGCAAUGAUCUCAAAGUAUCACAAAACUUUUGUUUGAGAUAAACUAAAAAUCGUUAGGAAAUUUAAGUGUGUACAGCUUGUUUUGGUACUUGUUAACGUUUCUGAUGAAAAAAAUUACGACAGCUGAAAAUAUACAUCCUCAAAGGAGAGAAGUCGUUGUCAGCGGAAAUGAAGAUUGUUUUUAUCGAGCUCUUGCUCUUUGGAAGGUGAAACAAGCGAUGAGAAGCAUAAGGAGAUCAGUAAGUCGAGUCCCAGUUUGUUUCAGAAAAAUCCGAAGGAUUUCGGGCUGCCACUCUUUGCUAUUUUCAACUUCUUCAACGCUAAAUUUUCUAGAGUAAUUUCUUCGUCUGAUCUAACUGACUAAUUAUGGUAGUUUACUGUUACUGCCAAAUUCCUUCCAAUGCUACGCUCAAUAACCAAUGCAUCCGACGGAAUCGCCUCGUGGCGUCUUGUUCUCUGGGAGGUCUUUUUCCCGAGAAGCUGUAUCAUCUGGAUAUUUCAAACGAAAAGGAACGCUUAUUACUCAACGGAUUCUUUCAAAAAGCAAGCUGUCCCUCGACUGCAAACUAGAUGCUAAAUGAUUAGCCUUGGGUAUAGCGGUGCCUCUGGAAAAAUCCACUCUGCAACCGUGGUAAAGUUAAGCUUAUGCGAGAGAUACAGCAUUCACGGGAAACGAGCUUGAUGAGAGCAACUUAUUUAAUUUCAUUAUUAAAGUUGAAAUCUUAAGAUUAGUCUCUUUUGUAGGAGGUGGUGGUGUUGUUAAUGAAAGAUGGUUAUCUUUAUUUAUCGCAGAAUGCUACGUUCAUGACAAAAUAAACGAACCCAACCGCUCUGUCUCCUUCAAUUCGAGCAGUACUGAGACAGUCUGUAUCAAAGAACAUUUCACCCCUGGUCGGUGGAUUCGCUUCACAGGCAGCGGCGGAGCUGCCAUUCCUAAUAACCCGCCACAGCCACACCAAUGCGGAACAAUUAAUCCGGGCUGGAUUGAUGGAGGCCAUCCUAGUCAGAGUGAAGGGGUUGUGAAUCGACAGCUUUGCUUUGUUAAUGGGACUAACGAUUGCGAAUAUGACUCGUACGAAAUUUCAAUUCGAAAUUGUGGCAAGUAUUAUGUUUACAGACCAUCAAACAUAACAGGAUGUUCUCUGAGACUUUGCACUGGUACGUAUGUGUGUUCACACAAAUAUUAAUUUAAAUAGGUUUUGUUCUGAGUUUUAUGAUGUUACUAUAAUAAAUUAUUUUAUAGUUUACAAUCAUCCCUAAAUUCUUGAGAAAUUCGAUAAACAGAAAACAGAAAUGGAAAACUAUGCUUAUUCAUACAGUUAGACCUGUAUAAACGGCUACUAAAGGGGAAUGACCGCUUAAUAAGGUGCCGCUUAAUACAGGUUCAACUGUAUAUCAUGUAAUUGUCUUAAGCCUGAUUCCAACAUAAGCAUAAUUUGCACCCUCUUGAUUGGCUUCAGAGCGUAGAGUGGCUGGAAUAUAGAGCAUAGAGAGGUCGUUAUGAAAAAGUAACUCAUCGAGAUGAAAUCAUUGAACGCUCAAACUAACGAGUGGCUUGAACAACAGCCACCAAAGUUCGACUAAAUCCAUUGUUCUAGAGAGACGAUGUCUCUCGAUGGGGGCGAAAGGAGAGACGAUCUGACGUCUAAAAGCAAAAGUUUUUAAACUGCAGCUUAUUUCAUUACUCAUCACAAUUUCUGUCACUCUGAGUAACUCUCUUUUGCAUCCUUUUGCGUGUUAAAUGGUUCAAAUACAAGCAAAGAUGUUCAACUACGAUUAAGUAAAAGCAACAGCUUCAGUUGUUUCGAAAAACAUCAAACGAGCAGCCAAAAAACUGACAGUAUCGGAACAGAGUUGUUGAUGUUUACAAGACAAGAGAGCAGCCUGUCUUGAUUGAAAUGACCUCAAACAACAUUAUCAAUGUAACAUCUUGAGAGAAGUUAAAAAAUUAUCUUUAUUAUCUAAACUUAUUUAUCAAUUUGGCACAGAAAUCCUCGACGAGUGCUUUUAUAAACCUGUUGGUGUUGCCAGUUCCACUAUCAUCCCUGACAGUCAGAUGACAGCUUCACCAGUUCGGUGGAGAUUCAUACAGUGCGGUGCCAUGUAUGGAAGACUUUUUAAUGUGUCAGGUCUUGGAUGGUGUGCAGGGUACAACAAUAUAAGCGACUGGCUCCAGGUUGACUUUGGUAAAGAGUUUUACGUGGGUGCUGUUGCUACCCAGGGAGGCCGGCUUGGUUUUAUUACAGAUUUUAAGCUGCUUUACUCUAACGAUGAAGGAACAUGGCAAACGUACCAGAAUGGAAAUGGUGAAGAAUUGGUAAUUUGAAAGAGGAUUUGACGAGUUUCCGAUUAAUUGUCGAAAGUAAACCCUGUGUCAGUUCCAGAAAACUCUCCCAAUCCCUCAUCCAUUGUAUAAGGUCCCAAACUGGAGCCAAAAAUGACCAGGCCACGCGCCGUAUAAUUAAGUUUAUCGAGAUUUGCUAUUGCUUUGAAUUUCCCUGUUUGACAUUGUGAUAACUGUGUUUAACGAAUUAUUUAAAAAAAAACACUUCUACCUGUUCCUCCGGGUUACAUGGCUUGCUCUGGGAAGUCAUGAGAGAUCUUUCACAGAAGUGGAAGAUAUACAAAUUGGUUAUGAUGGGAAGUAAUCAACUCAUCAAACUAUGAAUAACUGACCCCCAACGACUGAUCAAUAAUGAUAACUCUUUCAAUAAACUUAGUGUUCACGUUACGGCGAGUAACUCGUGUACUAACAAAAAACUGCAUAACCCCACAUCAACUUUUUCAUUGUUAUGUUAACUUUUAGAUAUUAAAGGUGUUUUGUAAAUUGAGUCCGGACUAUAAUCCAAAUUACAUCACUGAACCAAACACAUAAAAAUAUCUCAUUCUCUAACCGUAAUACCUCAAUAUGUCUCUCAGCCAAAAGGGACUGCUUAGAUCACAUUGACGUGCGCGUGGCAUUUUUUUCCUCAUUUUACUCAGGAAUUCCACAGAAAAAAGGGCUUCGGUGUGGACCGCCAUAAGCUACCAAUACCAGUGAUUGCAAGAUACAUUCGCUUCCAUCCAACGAAGCAUAGAUUUUGGGUCCACCUGAGAGUAGAGGUUUAUGGAAUCUUUAAAGGCGAGUUGAUAACCAGCAAACAUGAUAAAUGAAUUGUAAAAUGCUAUGCAGAUGUCUCGAGAGUAAAAGUGAACGCGACAACUCCCAAAGGUUUUGUGGGGAGUUUUCAGGUCAUGGUUCCUUGACUUCAAAAAAUUUGAGAAAAAAUUUACUGUAAGAAAGAGGCAGUGUGGGUUUGAUAAAUUUACUUGUUUAUUUCACUUACUAAAAUUUCUUGAUUACCGGAUACUUAGAUUACCUUUCGAGAUUGUCGCGUGCACUUUUAUCCUUUUUUCUGACAAAUUUUCUCGCAAGAGCUGUAUGAAUUCAUAGAGAAACUCCCUGAAAGUGUUUGACAUUUGGUUUACAACAAUGUAACUCAGUUUAAACUUUUUCCCUCGUAGAAAGUUACAAAUCUGAAUGCCAUCCUUGUGUGUAUAGAGAACUUAAUGAGGCCUACAGAUAUUGGAGUUAUAUGAACCAUACCUAUCUAGGCUGUGAUAGAGAUACGCUUGAAAAUAGCCAAUGGUACCGUUUCACUGGAGACGCCGGUGCAAUGAUGGCGACCUACUGUAUUCCGCAUUUAAGUUGCAACGCCCACAUGGCCGGCUGGAUUAAUGGAAGCCUCCCUCUCUUUUGUAGCCCACCAGUGUCGUCAACGGUAUGUUUUCAUUGGAACCAAAACUGCUGUUAUAUCUCUUAUCGAGCUGAGAUAAUGAACUGUUGGGGAUUCUACGUUUAUAAGUUACAAAAGCCGAGUGACAGUCGUGCUCGUCAUUGCGGUGUCAAAUGUAAGUCUUUUUCGUCUAUUAUUGUAUUUUUUGGAAGUAAUUACACAUAGAUUACACGGUUCCUUAUUAUGUUAUGGUUUAUUCUCUUAACGAUUCUACCACAACACUUCGAGUAACUCCCACUCAAAGCUCCUAGCUUAUUCGAAAAGGACACACUCUAACACACCCGUUGUAAGCACGUGAAACAAUGGCAUAUAUGGGUCAAUUAAACACGUACCGCAUAAAGUUUGUUUCUUGAUGUACAGAUUGACGAAAUCACUUUUAAAUGUCAAUCAAAUUAAUAAUAAUUAACGCAUCAUAACUCCUGGCGAAAGAUAAUCAACAAUAAUUAAGAAAAUUUAUUCAACGUUGUUUACAGAUAAAAAUGAUGCAUGUCAAGUUACGGAUGGUUUCGCAAAGUGUUGUCGAGAUGGUUAUGAAGGAAAUCCGUGCAGCGGUGAGUGUAUUUAUGGAAACUGAGUUAUCUUUAUUAAAUAAGGAAAAUUUUGAGACAUUUCUUAAAACUUGAACUCAAACCUCUCGCCCUACCUUAAUCAUCGUGAAUGUUCAAAUGAUCAUCUUUAUCUUGACAGAUAUCGACGAGUGUUCAACGAAGACCCACAACUGUAACUUAAAUGCAAAUUGCACCAAUACCGACGGUUCUUUUAAAUGUGUCUGCAAGGAGGGUUACACCGGUGAUGGAAAGUCAUGUAGCGGUAAGACUCACGAAUUUUAUCGAUGGACUAACUGGGAGAGGUACAGUACAUAACCUGAAUCAAUCACGUGAAGAAUUCAUAAGAACAAGGAAUAAAACAAAACAGCAAUUAAUAAAUGAAUGAGUGUUUAAACAAAUAGUUUUCAAAUAUCUCCAAGGGGAAAUAUUUUUUGUCAGUUCUUUCACCGCUUUCUUAUUGUUGAGUAUGCGAAUAAUUUUAAAAUCGUAAUAAGAUAAGGAAAAAGGCGUAUUUUUGAAAAAUAUAAAAAUGUUGUCUUUGAAAGUUAUGGCAAUGAAGAAGACCUUAUGCGAUCACCAAAUGUUUUUUUUAAAUUUACAUUUCAGUAGUAAAGGAACUAUUGAACACAUUUUUCUAAGUUAACCCCGGACAAAAGUGAAGGCUCAGGUUCACCCUUACACAUGACCUUUGUAUCUUACUCCUAAGUCUUACUGGGAUAAAAUUGUGUUUCACUGGAUUGUCCUGAUAUCGGAAUUAAUCUAACAUUAUUGAAGAGUAUGCGACUAAUUUUGAAUCGCAACAAACGAAGAAUAACCCUUUUUUUUUUGUAAGGCAUAAAAAUAUUGUUCCGAUGAAUGCCAUUCAUGCUAUCUUCUUAGUCUCUGUAAGGAUCCCCAACAUUUUGGGAAAUCAUAAUUAUAGACACGUCUUCAAUUUUACAUGCAGUUAGGCAUUCAGGAGUGAUGCAUAAAACUGUUGUCUUAAAGGUUGUAGCAGUCUCGUUCUAAUGGUAACGAAGACUGCUUGUUUGCAGACUGGGCCCUCAUUUUUAUAGAAAAACGUCGCCAAAAGUGUAAAAUAUUUAUUUCUCUAUCUCAAGCUCGAUACAACGUUAUAAAUUGGUACCACUACCAUACGUAGUAAUAUCAUUCAUCUUUACUCUGAUGCAUCCAAUUUUCCUUGAGAGUGGAUAUGAGUGUGCUAAUCGAUUACUUCUUUGAUGUAGGGGAAAACGUUUAUCUAAGUUUCGCCAAAAGGAGAUGGAAUUUAGCACCUAGUCAAUUGUAGUAGUCUAGUUUUUAAAUAUGCAAAGCUCUUUGCAGGAAAGCCUUUUUUUUCAUAGGGGCAAUUUGCGAACGAAACAAACCAAUCAGAUAUUGCAUAUUUUGGCAAUGUUUACAUCUACUGUUCUUAACAACAAAAGUUUCGGGCAAAUGCAAUGGCUUUAGAAGAAUCUUAUCUCACGAGCAGUAUCCCUAAGAGAAUUAUCGUCUCUGACUGUCAUUUUUUAAAAGAAAUUGAUCAGUUUUUAUGGAGGACUACUUGAGAGGUAACUACAAAAACAUACCUCAAAUCGUGUGGAUAUCUGAGUGCUGCACUUUCUAUCAUGUGAAUUUUAGCGAUUCUAAAUACUCUGAUGAUACAAUGCUAUACUUCUAUGUCAUUUGUAACAUGUUAGAGCCAGCUGAUUUACACGAAACUAUCCUAACAUCGAUCAUUUGUCAAUAAACAUAUACUCUUAACAUCAUGAUGGCGUGACGCUGAAUUCCUUUAUAAAGUUUGCAUUGGUCGCUCCGAAAAAGACAAAGACGAAUAUUUUUUCGAUAUUUCAGCGGAUUUCUGCGCAUUCUAAAGUAAGAAAGCAAAACAACGCACACAAAAACAACAAAAAAAACAUGAAAACCAGGCCUGAACGCUCGUAAGCUGAAUGACGUUUGUGCAUGCGUUUGUCUUUGGCGCGGAAAAAGGAUUUUUAGUCGUUUUUAUGUUUGAUUUUUCGUUUCGUUGCUUCGAGGCAAUAUUUCUCUUACUGCUCUUCUUUUCGGAACAGCCUAAAUAAAUCAAAACUGGUCAGCGGCAGUUACUACAUGUAAAAAUCAGUAGCAAACCAGCCGUCAGGGCAUAUUUGUGCAUCCACCUGAGUGCCCUACUACAUGCAAAGUUUGAAGGGGGAUUGAAAAUGUUCAUUUCCCAAGAUGUUGAAUUCUUACAGAAACUAGUUCUUUAAUCAUUUGAAAUUAUUGGAAUUGCUCACCGAACUCUAUUUCAUACAUUGGAUUAGAAAAGAACUCUUGCAACUUCUAUCAUCAAGUUAAACGUAACGACGAUUACGAUUAAGUUAUAGGGUUCUCUUGCCAUGCAAUUCACUUAAAGUAUUUCAACUUGAAACAGAUUUUAUGCCAGCUGAGUGUACGCGGUACGAAGAACUAAAUGAAGUAGAGAGAUAUUGGAAACACUCCACAGGCAAUUUUUCCUGUGAUAACCGUAUUGAAAGCGGUAAAUGGUACCGUUUCACUGGGGCCGCUGGUAGAAUGAUGGCGACCUACUGUAUUCCAAAGGGAAGUUGUAAUAGCAGGGCAGUCGGCUGGAUUGACGGUAACCAUCCUUCUGAGGCUUACCAAUUGGUGUCGGCAACUGUAUGUUUUCACUGGAAUUCAAACUGCUGUGCAUGGUCACUUCCAGUUCAGAUACGAAAUUGCAGUGGAUACUAUAUUUAUAAGUUACAAAAAACGAUCUUUUGCCUAAAUCGUUACUGCGGUGUAAACGGUAUGUACCUUUUUUUUUUUACGUAAGUUGCAUAACUUCAGUAUUCUCCUGAUAUCCCGCAUAGGGGUUUAUGUGCAUAAGAAAAUAGAUUAAGUUGAAAAAUGGGAAUUUUCUAAAGCGAUUAUAGAACUAAUAUGGGAACUAAUGGCACACGAUUAAAUUUGAUUUUUCUCGUAUUUUGCUCCAGAUGUAAAAUGAAAUCCAACAUUUUUUUCCUCUUACAAAACCUUAGGGUUAGGGUUUGGUGGAUAAUCUCACAACACUAUUCUGGUACAUUUUUUUAAAAUGAAAUUUUCAGACGAAAGUGACGCAUGUCGCGUAUCUGGUGGUUCCUCUAAGUGUCCAUGUCAAGAUGGUUAUGAAGGAGAUCCGUGCAGGGGUGAGUGUAAGAGCAAGUUAGAGUUGUUUAAGACUCGCAUCUUCCAUAAGAGAUGUUUGAUGUUUGAUCAGUUUUGACAUAGACUAAAAAACAUUGGUAGAAUUCUUUUAUUUCUGUAAAUGUGAGGGAAUAGUUCAUGCCUUCUUUGUUUCUGAACUCAAUCAUUGUAAUACCAUCCUUCACUAGCUUCCUAAAUCACAACUAGAUUAAUUAAAAUGUGUCCCAAACAUUGCAAAAAUACUGGUAAAUGGAUCUAAGAAAUGCGACCGUACAUGUGUGAAUCAAUCUCUCUUGUGCUUCGUAACCUGAACUGGCUAGCGGUUCACUGACGUAUCGGUUACAAAAUGCUUUCGAUGACAUUUAAGAGGCUGGCGGUUCACUGACGUAUCGGUUACAAAAUGCUUUCGAUGACUUUUAAGAGGCUGGCGGUUCACUGACGUAUCGGUUACAAAAUGCUUUCGAUGACUUUUAAAGAGUGAAAUAAAGAGUCUCCUUUCUACAAGUCGGCGGGUAAUUUAUCUAUACCACCGAAAAAGACCUAUGAGGUCUUCUCAGAAGCUGCAACAACUUCUUAGUUACUGAUUGAUCUCGUAAACACAUGCGAAUAUGUCUUUUUAUAUUGUUUUUACCGCAGUCUAAAUCAUACCAACCGAUAAAACUAACUACUUUAAAUUUUUGUUGAUCCGUUUUGAUGACGAGACUGCAUGGUAGAAAAGUGAAAAAAAAACUAGUUUCUAUCAGUAGAUCUGGACGAAUAUGUAAGCGAAGACCAUGACUGCCAUAAAUAUGGUGUUUGUCAUAACGAGAUCGGAUCCUAUAUUUGUCAAUGUCAGUUUGGAUAUGUAGGAAAUAGAAAAAAAUUGCAAAAAAAUAGUUUAACAUUCGCAUCUUCCAUUAGAGAUGUUUGAUGUUUGAUCAGUUUUGUCAUAGACUAAAAACUUGAUCUUCAGCUAUGGGUUCGUUGUACGGUUUCCCUACUAUGUGGCCCCUCUUUGUGAGCUUUGACAGUCCAGUGGGAUCUGUUAGGCAAAUUUUUUCUCAGGAUUUUUUGUCGGUUCAGAGACGCUCUGAUAUAACCGCACACAUCUUUUCAACCACAGUUUUCCCCUUUUCAUGUACCGGUGUACAUCUGCUGUUAAAAAUACUAAUUUUCUUCUCUAUGUUUCACACGAUUGUAUUGAAUUGUUUGUAUGUCAUUGUAGCUUUUCCAAAACAUUCCGUAUGCAUCGAGGCAUCACUUAACGUUCAUGGUUACUGGUGUAAAUACUUUUACCCAGGAGAUCCAGAAAUUGAUCCGCACAGAAGACAAACAGAAAGUAACACAUGGGAGAAAGUAGACUAACUCUAACUAUAAGUAAAAUUGAAAUAUAAGUCAUUUAAUUACUGAUUCAAUAAUCAAACAGAGUAUAAUUAUCCUUCAACGUUGAAUUGCGUCUCAACAGCUUUUUGACGUAAUGAAAUAGAGGACUCCAAACGAAAUUGGGAAUUCCAAUUAUAACUUCUUUUUCUCCAUUUUCAGGCGAUCUGAGAAAUAUUGAUAAUUCAAUAGAGGUUUCAAUUCAUGGUAUUAAUACACAACCAAGCAGCCCAAUGAAGUUCACACGAGACCAAACAAGAACGCUGGUUGCAUCUUUAAAGACGGAGAACUUUCUUGCACAACAGGCCUCGUUCUCCUGGAAAAUAAGCCAACUGUCGCUGUCACCUUUUAACAUUUCUGAUCAACCGGAGUUGCUCGUGCUCGACACUCUCGAGUUGAACAUACGGCCAAACUUGCUGUCGACAGGGCUUAAACUUGUAACAUUUGAGCUGCGAGGAAUAUCUGGAGCUGAGCUGACAGCUCGAGACUUUGCUUUCAUCGAAGUUCUUAAUUCGGCACUGAAAGUUUCCAUUGCGGGAGGAACUGAAGUUUUUCGAUCCAUAGAUAAGCCAAUUUUAUUGGAUGCCAGUGCUUCGUAUGACACCAACCUUAAUGCUGGCAGUUCCUCGGGAGUGAACUAUGAUUGGUCUUGCUUAACAAUAACACAAUCUAACGUUUCCAGAAAUUAUACACCAGUGUCUAACGCCACUAAACGAGGCUCAGAUGGCAUAUCCGACACAUUCGUCCGUGCGGCUGCAAAUGGAACCCUCUUUCAGUUGCCAGACGAUGUCUUUCUUGAGGGCAAGGAUGAAGCCAUAGUGACCUUAGAUACCAAAAGACUCGUCAGCAAUCAAGCUUACUAUGUGGUUCUGACGGUAACCAAGGAUAUCCGCGUAGCAAGUGGCAUACAGAUUGUCCAUGUUGGCGACAAAGAUGUACUCGACAUUCGUAUUUUGUAAGUAUAGUAUGUAGAUGCAAAGUCGUUGAUGGUAAAAGAAGCCCGGCUGGAAUCCUUACAAUCCAAGACUAGAGCAGUUUCUUUCCUAAUCUUAGUGCUCAGAACAAACAACAACAAAUAGUUUUAAUUCUAAUAGUUUAUGGAUACAAAGAAGUUAAUGGUUACCACUUGUAGAUGCAGAGCUGAAAUAUUUAGUAUCUUACAUGAACUGUCCUCUUCCUCGUUUUCGGUGCCGAUAAUGAACAACGUCGAAUAGAUUGAAAUCUGUUGAUCUCCAUGCAAUCCCGAGAGAUAUAUUAGAUCAUUAUUAAUUCAACUCACUAUCUCUUUCCUGAUCGGCCGAAGGCGUACAGUGAAUUUUCGAAUCAGCACCUGGGACAUCAUCUAGGUGCAGAUUAUUCAAUAUCAUGUUAAGGUCACUCAAGGUCAUAGGCAAUCAUGCCAUGUUUCACCGCGAUGCAUGAUUUCUAAGGGAAAUCAUGUCAAGCGGGCGCACUUUGUGUUGCUUGCCAUUCUGAGAUAUCCAGAAUGAUUAAGGUCUCGGUAAGGAUUAUCUGGCUCAGCCUUUGGCUUCGGCUGAUAACCUUGAUUAUUCUGUAUAUAACAAAAACUUCAUCCAGUCGUUAUUUAUUAUUUGUCAUAAGAAGGUUGAAAACAACAUCCCUCUCUCAUCAAUGGCUUUCCAACCUAGACACAAAUGUCCAAUUGGUUAUGUUGCAAUGAAAGUAAAUACAGACAAAAACAUAAGCACUUAUUUGAUAAAAGGGUGGCAUAAUUGUGUAUUUAAUACUACUACUUCUUCAUCAAAGACACUAACAAUGACAUAAAUUCGUUCCCUCGCAAAUGCGAACCAUCUUAACGGAAUGAAUAAGGACGAAAACAGACGAUUUGAUGAGGAGAGGAUCACUUCUUAUUUUCUUUGCACAGGUGCACUAUGAACUGUGACUCACCAGCCAGUGUAUCAUCUCGCAUCUCCCUAAGAACCGACUGCAAUUCAAUUCGUUGUCCUGUGUCCCUCAAGUAUGAAUGGAGCCUGCUGAAAAAGGAUGAAAACAGUUCUCACCCCCAAUGGUUUACUCAAAUAAAUAUAAAAAAUAUCCUGGGUACAAAAGUGGAUUCGAAAAACCUUGUAAUUAAGGAGCAAAUGCUUGAGCCCGGGUCCUCCUACAAAAUCAAGGUCGACGUUCUAUCUGCAAACGGAUCAUUUGGCUGGGCUGUAUACCAAUUUGACACAGUGGCAGGUCCAUCAGGAGGAACAUGCCAUGGUGUGCAGUUGGACAGGAAAGAUGUAGGAUCUUGGCUAAACAUUACCUGUCAUGGCUGGAGAGAUGAACAUAUGCCACUCAGCUAUGAAUUCUUCCGGGAAUUGGAAGAUGGAGAACUCGACAUGCUUUCCUAUGGAGUUUGGCCACAUAGUGUUGUUUAUAUUGCACCUAUAGAAGAAGAUGUAGUACGUUUUAAAGUUGCAGUUGUAAAUGUUUUGGGAGCAGCAUAUACAACACGAUUUUCUUUCAAGGUAUUUAUAUAGUAGGUUAAGUGAUUGCUUAUUGAUCCUGAUGGCAGUUCUUAGAGAGCAAUCUCGUUUGAGUAUUCGCGUGAAUGCGAAUAUGCAAAGAAAACCCAUAGAUCUCUUGUUUCCUGUCUUUAUUAUUCACAUUUUACAACCUAGGUAUUUUAAACUGUCCGUUCACGAUUUCUAAUGGAUGCCUAUCCAACUUCAGUGUAAGAUUCUAAUAGUGCACUAGAUCAGUGAAAUUGACAAGUGGACGCACUGUUAGAAAUUGCGUGAAAGCAACAUUGAUGUACUAUUUUCGGAAAUAACCUGUAAAUGUCAAUGGUCGAAUUAGAUACAUCCGUUUUAUUACCAUUUUUUUAAAGUUGGAUCAAACAUCCUUGUUGACGGCAGAAGAAGUGAACCACAAUGAGUUGGAGGCAAAAAUUGCAAAAAUGGACUCUUCUUUUAGAAUGAAACAAACAAAUAUAGCAAUGCAAGAGGCAGACACACUUCUUUUCUUACUCAAAAUGGUCGCACAGGAGGCUGACGAAAAAACAUAUCUGCUGCAAGUAAGUUCAGUACAUUGAACAGGUGGCUUUAAACAUAAACAUGUAACUGAAUUAAUAAAAUAAAAUAUUGAAAAAAUUUUUUAAAGGAUUUUAAAUUUGUCAAUGAAACUCAGCUGAAAGAUUUCCAAUAUACACAUCACAAGUAAAAUCGAUAGACAUUUUAUGCAUUUUAAAAUGAAGAGGAUGGAUACUAAUCGAUGACCAAUAAACAAAAACCGUCACGUUUUAUCUUCAAAAAAAGCGCUUCCUUUUUCUUUUCUCCCUAUCUAGUUUGGCCAACGGCACGUAACUGUUAGAGGACUAUAGAUUAAGGUUUAUUUUUCUUGGCUGUUACAUGUAUGCUUCCGUUUAACAUGUCCUUUUUCCUUGCUACAGAAAAAUAAUUACGUGAUUUCUAAGAUAUGUGAAGUUCCGACUGAUAAACUGGAGCGGUUAGUCCAGGUUGCUUCCAUGUUAAAGAAAGCCACAGUGGGUGACGCUCUUAUCUGGAAAAAUACAACGGUAUGAAAGUUUUUCGACAUUCCGAAUUAUAGCAAAGUUCACGCAAGAAGUUUUUGACAAGGAGUUAGCAUAACAAAAAUAUAUAUAUCAACUACGUAGUAAAAAUGUCGCACCCAAAAGCACAUAUUGACCUUUUUUUCUUCCAGUUCACUGUUUUGGACAAAUUCAAGGAGAUGACCAUCUGGCUUUCACUGAAAAAUGUGCACGAACGCAGUUCUGAAACUCGUCUUCUUCUUGAGGGAGCAAGACUGCUGUUGCAUUGCACCACAAAUAUCAUGGAUUCCAGCUCCAGACGACUCCUCAUGGGUAGUUUGUUAGGCAACUUUGAUAAAGGGGAAGAGGUAUUUUAAAAAAAUACUAUCUGUUUCCACAUUGAAGAGAAUUUUACUGUAACUAACUAAUUUCUCAGAAUUUUAAAGACUUAAAAAUUUUCACAAAGCAAACGUGAGAAACGUAUUUCUAGGAGAGGGGGUUUUACACCAACCUAUUGACCCAUGUCGACGAGAUUUUUUAAUCUCGCCAGACUAAUCAAAAACUAGAGUCUAGAAGACGAUUGGAUAAAAAGAAUUAAAGGGACGAGCUCUUUCUUUCUUUUUCUAAAAGAAAUUAGACAGGGCGUGAUUACACACUGUAUCCAAACGAACAAAGCAAAAACGGAAAAGACCUUCAAUUCUCUUUUAUCAAUAAAUAGAAUGGUGCAGCCUAGUAAUACAUCAGAAAGACCUGUACCUCAGCCAAAGCAUUGAAAAUCGAAAAUUCGAAAAUCCGCUGAGCCUACAAAUAUGUUAAUUCCUUGGUAUGAGAGAGGAAAAUUAAAUGUCCCAUUUCCCUUUUUUUUAAGUUUUAGAAAUCUCCAUCCCUUUGUUCCUCCUCUUCCCAAGGAUUUAUUCUUGUUCUAUUGGCAAGGAAUGAGAGUAGCAUUGAAAUUUUUCAUAAUUUUAGAUAAUCAUGGGAAAGACAAUUUCAGCCCGUUGCCAGGAGCUGACAGAAAUGACAACCAACAUACUGCUAUCGUUAAAGUUGCCCGGAGAAGAAUACAGCACCAUUCGCAAUGGACUUCAAUCGACGAUGCUCGGCAAGCAUGAAUCAAAUGACUUGAGCCUUUUAGAAAUCAGCGAUGGAAAAACCAGUUUUGUAAUGCCAUAUCUGGAUAGCAGGGCAUUGAAAAGUUGGGUCGGCGACACCUCCGAGGUUGGGGUAGAGGUUUGUAACUUUUUCAGUUAAUAAAUCAUAAAAUUUGUCAGCCAAUCGUGGUAUAUAUUUAUAAAUUUGCUAACUUUUUUAUAUUUGGCAUGCUCGUGGCAAUGAACUUUCCUAGAAUCUCUCGGUUUUCCUCAUAGGGCUGUAGGAUAACCGAGUGAUUUCAGAAAAAGACUUGAACAAAAAUGAAAGAGGCCCUAGUAUUUAUUGUUAGCCACUUACUAAUGGUUCCGCAUCGUGACGCGAAAUCAGUUCCAAUCCUGAAAUAAGAAUAACACUUUUUACCACCCUGCGCUGUUGAUAAAUCUACAACCUCAUCAAUUUUAUUUCCACAUCCUUUCUAAUGUCUUUCAGAUGGUGAGCUAUAAUUUCAAUCCAUAUGUGACGGACAAUAGCAGCAGCAGAAUAAGAUCAAAGGUUGUCAGCCUUGCCCUAAAGGAUGGCACUGGGAGAGCUCUCAACACAGCUGACCUUCCCUCUAACAUAGAAAUUGACAUUCCAGUAACAAAUUAUGCUCCCGUGAACAGCACUCGAUCGAAUCAUUUCUUGAAUCCUGGCAGAAUGCAAUAUCAUGUGAUAACCGUUCGUGAGGUCAACGCUACCGUAAAAUUGACCAUUAUAAUAAAAGCAACAGCUUCUAUUACUGUCUAUGCAAAAUUCGCUGAAAAGCCAACACUGAUUUCCUACGACGAGGUGAUUCACUUAUCCAAGGAGAAAACAUCUAUUAACCCCGAUUGUGAAUUAGAAGAGAAUUGCUCUCAUAGUAUCGUCGUAAAGGGUAAAUAUGUAGGUAAAUAUUACGUUGGCUUAUUGGAGAACAGUGAAUCUCGAAAAGAAUUUCCUCCGUCAAGAGGUAGAAGAUCUAUUCUUUCAGGGCGAGCGAUACAAGAGAAGUGCGUCAAGUUUAAGGAUCCUCCUCCGACAGUUGCUCCUCAAGUAGAGUAUGUCAUUCUUGUUCCUCAGUACGACUCUGAUAAGUCAGUUAACUACAGUUUACAAGUUGAGACAAUAUGGUGUGCCUUCUGGUCUGUUGCUGAACAAAAAUGGACAAAUGAAGGAUGCAAGGUGAAAAAAAACUUUAGAUAGAAUGAAAUAAGUCAGUAGCUACAAAAAACGACGAAGAAUUUACUUUUCAGGUCAUUUAACGGAAGUUGUUGAAUAUUGGUUUUAAGCUUUGGUUUGUUUUGGAGAUGAAAAAUAGCUUUAUACUCACUUACUAUUCUCAGUAUGUCAAUCUAAUCCUUUUCAAGAUAGCAGUUGUAACCAGUGGGUGUUCUCCAGAGCCAAGAUACAUGGGCAAUAUAGCUGGCAGAAAAAAAACUUCAUCAUCAACUACAACGGUUACUUUUUUGUAUUGGCGGAUAAGUAGAAACAGUAACCCAAAUUAUUACGUAUCUAUGCAUUAGCAAUUUUCCUCUGAAACUACUGUGGGUGAGGUCUUGAUUUACUACUUCGUUGUCUAAGAUACAAAAGCUGUCAUUUUUUGCCGAGAAUAGAGAACUCGAGCCAAUUUUUCCCAGAGCUCUGAAUCGUUUUCAGAAAUUCCUGUAGCAAUGUUCGUGUUUACAGACUUUAUAGGAGGUGAGCUGUGUAACCCAUUUAGCUUAAUACUGAAAGUUGUUGCAUUAAAGUUGUUUUCCUCUUGGACUUAAAGUAAUUUAAAAUUAGAACAAUAAACUGACCGCCAUUAAUGCUCGGACUAAUUUUUAGGUUAGCCGAAAAUCAAACCAUUCAUCUCUGAAAUGUCUCUGCAAUCACUUGACUGCAUUUGGCGGAGAUAUUCUUGUUGCACCAAAUACCAUUGACUUUCAACUGGUCCAGCAGGCAUUUGACAACGUGGAUCCUGAUGACCUUCUCGUCUUGAUAACAUUGUGUUCUACCUUUCUGUUCUACUUUCUUGUUUUGGUUAAAGCACGCAGGGCUGACAAAGUGGAUGCCACAAAGGUUGGUGUCAUGUCAUUAAAAAUUAUUCGAUGACACCAGAGAUAUUAUGAGGAUACUGAAUUCAAACAACGAAAUGAUCAAGAAAAGAUCGUUACAAUUGAGUUACAGUUACAGAAAUCAAAGGAAAAGAUCUUUAAAAAAAAUGAAGCUUCCCAUCGAUGUCUGAUUUUGUUUUUGUUUCUUCGUGAUUCGUUAAUCGUAUCACGUCUGCGCGGAUCAUUUCUUCGCUUAAAAGACUUAACCAGUUAACAGCUAAGAUUUUUGAUAAUUUUAAUUUAAUUGACCAUUUAACUUUUACACUUACAGUCAUGUCGGGAAAAAAAAUUAAGAGAUGAAUAACUUCUGAAACCCUAGCUACUGUGAUUCACGUCAUGUUUCGAUUUCUUCCACAGCUAUUUUGUAGUACCUUCGUUGAUUAGGCAAGACGCCGAAUAAAGCCUUUGUUAAGACAAGCUUAAUAUACAACAAUCUUUGACGGUUUCUUGUAUACCCGAACACUAAUUGUCUGACAGUGUUUAAUUUUUAACCGAUCUGCCUUUCUUUAGGACAGUCCUCUUCUGCCCUUGGUAGGGCACCACGAGGGUGAAUAUAUGUACGAGGUGUCCAUAACAACUGGCAGAUGGAAAAGUUGUGGUACUACUGCCAAUGUAUCCAUGACCCUUCACGGGACUGAAAAUACCAGUGACGUUAUCAAAUUGACAUGCGACAUCCCACUUAACAGGACGCUAUUUGCUCAAGGGAACACUGAUAAUUUCCUUCUCCGACAAGAUAUGCCACUAGGCGAGAUAAAUUUUGUGCAGAUUGGUCAUGACCUUUCUGGAGAGGACCCAUCUUGGUUUAUCAGCGAAAUUGUAGCUUUGGAUUGUCAAACGGGACAGCAAUGGCUGUUCAGUUGCCACCGCUGGCUUGCACUAGAAAGAGAUGACGGUGAAACCACAAGGAGAUUUUAUGCAGAUGAUUUCAAAACAGAUGAUAAAUUUACAAGAAAAUUUAGUACAUUACGAAGAAAUGGUUUUGCUGACGAUCACUUGUGGUUGUCAGUGUUUUGGAAGCAGCCAAGAGAUCAUUUCACUCGUGUUCAGCGAGCAUCCUGUUGUUGGAGUCUUCUCUUGUUGUCAAUGGUAACAUCCGCCAUGUUUUAUGAAACAGAGAAUCUAUCACAGAGGAAAAUACAGAUCGGGCCUUUUUCACUGACUCCUAGUCAGUUCUUAAUCGCUUUGGAAAGUGCCUUGAUUGUUCUUCCAGCAAGUCUGCUAAUUGUGCUUCUGUUUCGUAAAAGCAAACCUAAGAUAAACACUCAAGGAAGGAGGUAUCAUUUCGUGAAAAGUGAGGGAAAAGUAUCGUGUACUCUCCCUCAUUUUUGCGCUUACAUUGCAUGGUUUCUUUGUGUAAGUACUGCAAUCGCUUCUGCCCUUUUCACAGUGUUUUACUCUCUCAUGUGGGGAGGAGAGAAGUCGGCUUGUUGGUUAAAAUCCGUGGUGCUUUCGCUGUCUGCAGACGUUAUAAUCUCACAGCCCAUCAAGAUACUUAUCGUAUCCGUCAUUGUAGCUUCAGGGUGUGGAUAUGGUAGGAAGAUAAGAAAGCAAGCAGAGUCAAUAAACGGACACAAUGAGGAACAGCUAGGUAGUGUUGUAGAUCUUUCAUCCAUGGAUGUUGACCGUGCAAGAAUGUAUAAGAAAAAUGAGAGGAAAAUGUACGCAUACUUUAAGGAACUCUUGUUUUCAAUGACAUUCUUUGCACUUUUAUUGAUUGUCAGCUAUGGAGACAAAAAUGAUCACAGAUACAAACUAAAUACGGCCACGGAGCGCAGCUUCCAGUUUUCUCAUAAUAUGGGACGCUUUAAGGUGCGUUAGCUUUUAUGUUAGCAAGGCAAAAAUAUCACAAUAUUAUCUCAAGGAUGGUAAGCAUAAAAUCACGAAAUUGCGACCCUUGCGAAGGAGCCAAUAGUUUCUGCAGGACAUAGAAGAAGCUGAAUUUUGAAAGUUUGCUCUUUGGAAUCCUCGCCAUCUUUUACCACCCUUAUACACCCUUAAACACUACUUCUAUAUUGUAGGUCUUCUCCAUCAAAUCUAUCAUUUCUCUCAAGUAUGUGAUGGAUGUGCACCAUGACUAUCACAGUGAUAAUUCUAGACAUUUUUUAAAACAUGCUGACGUAAAAUAGGAAGUCAGAUCCAUCAGAUAUAAGUGUUGUUGAGAGUACGUCUUUUUCUUUGAUUAUAAUACAAUUUUUUAAUCCUUUCCUGAAGUUCCUGGAAGCUUUUAUCACACAUGAGGUUAUCGCAAAUAGAGAAUCACUUAUUUAAGAUUUAUUUAAGAUUUCGUUUUGUAUGCUGAUGACUUUUUAACCACAUUUUUAAAAAAAUAGAUCACCGAUGCCACUCAGUUUUGGGAAUGGAUCGAAAACAUCUUUUUGCCUGCAGCUUUUGUUGACGAUUGGUACAAUGGACGUGAAGAAAGAGUUUCAGAAUACAUUGGAAAUAAGCGAUCGAUUCUGGUCGGUAUGCCUCGCUUGCGGCAACUAAGGGUUAAGCAAAGUAAGUAUAUCAUCUAUAAUAAAGAGAUCAUUGUAGUGGAAUUUCUAGCUGAGAUUUUGCUGUCAACUUAUUUCACUGACUUUGAUUAUAACCACUACGUCCGAAAUUCACUUUUCUGAAAAAGUGACCACGAAACUGAUUGAGGACAGAAUUCACACUCAUCAAAACCUGAACGACUUUUAAUGCUCUAAUGGGAACAAAUUUUGGAACAGAAAAAAUAACUAAAUUGAGAUGGAUUUUACGAUAUAGAAAUUAAUAAUUAAAAUUUUACAGAUGAGCUCCACAAACUCACCAAAGAGGGGAUUUAAGGUGUUGAAACAGUCAUGUUCAAAUAAUGAAAUUUUUUCUUUCCCUUGCAGAUUCUUGUGAAGUUCAAGAAUUGUUUAAAAACACGAUCACAUCUUGUUUCGAUUUCUACUCCCCCACAAAGGAGGAAAAAGGAAUUUGGAUUUACCCUAGAAAGAUGAAUGGUUCCUCAGUUCUGUGCCCAGAAAAUUGGGAGUAUAAUGCAGAUAGAAGGUUUGGCGGCUUUGAUUCCUGGGGUCGUUUUGCUGUUUACAGUGGUGGAGGAUACAUUGCUAAUUUAGGCUACAAUAGGCUUACAGCUAAAAGGAUUAUCAACGACUUGAAAGAAAACCGCUGGAUCGAUCGUCAGACCAGAGCUGUGCUGAUGGAGUUCUCACUGUAUAAUCCUCCGAGUAACCUUUUUGCAGUAAUGACGUACUACUUCGAAGUCCUUCCUUCUGGAUUUGCUGACACGUUCAAGAGCUAUGGAAUUUUGUCUCUGAGCGCAACGAACUCUUUAGCUCAUAGCACUUAUUUGUUGUUCGUGUUGUUGUUUGGCAUUCUUCUUGUUUGCUUCUUCGUUGUCCAGUGCAUCAAACUCUGCCGCCAAAAGUGUUCUUAUUUCAAGUCGAUGUGGAAUUUGUUGGAUAUGUUGCAGAUACUCACGGCAUCAUCAGCGAUGUUACUGCAGUGGAUGCGGACUAAGGUGGCCACAAAGACUUUCGAAAAGCUGAAAGAUAACCCUUACCUUCCAGUCAGCUUCCAUCGUGUCUUACUUUUGUUCGAGUUUGAAGAGGUGGCUAUUUGUGUAACUACCGUGAUUGCUACACUACGUCUUCUGAAAUGCUUCUAUUUCAAUCCAAAAAUAAUUGUUUUUACAAGGACACUUCGUAGAUUGUUUAAACCUAUAGUUUCUUUUUUUAUAGUGUUUUUGAUUGCAGCGAUGGCCCACGCGCUAUUAGGGUUCAUUGCCUUUGGGUCCAGUGUAGAGAUGUUCGCCCAAGUGCAUGACGGUAUUUCCUUUCAGUUUCUAAUGCUUUUGGGACAACCAUUCCCAGUGGAUAAGCUGAAGGAAACAAAUCCCAUCAUAGGCAGCCUUUUCUUUUUCACUUUCUUCUGCAGCUCCAGUGUAAUUAUUUUGAAUAUGUUUCUCGCCGUAAUAAAUGAAUAUUAUGCGACCUCGAACGCUGACAGGGAAGGAGAAGACUAUGAGCUUGCACAAUUUAUAAUUAAAAGAAUUCUGGAGACCGUAUUAGGACAGAAAUCGGAAAGAAACCAGAACUGGAGGAACCAUGAACUUUUCGAGCCAGAUUCUUCGCCAGCGGAAAGUUCCUCUAAUGGAGUUCAAAAUGACGCCUUUUCACCUGAGUGGACACCAGUCAUGUACCGGAGCUGCACACAGAAAAUAUCCAGGACAGGAGGAUCCCCAGCAGGAAAUAGUGAGGACUUCGUAGAGUGUUCAGUAUGGGAAACAUACGGACCAGAACAUUUGUUAGUGAAAAGUUCCACUGCUGAAACAGGCUUUACAAUUGUCAACCACAAUAAAUUUUCUAGUUACGUCGCCGACGCAAGACGUUAUAGCAUCAUGACAGAUUGGAAUGCACUGGCCGAUUACUAUGACGAUGACGAUGGCGAAGCAGAAGACGGUGUCGAUGAUGAUGACGAAGACGAUGACGAAGGCGAAGACGAUGAUAAUGACGAUAGCGACAGCGACGACGACGACGAAGACGGAAAAGUUAAUAACGACAACGAUGACUAUGACGACGACGAAGAUGAACGGUGCUAA